CUCAGUUGGGCCGCCGAUAAUUUCCCGUGUGGCUGUCAGGUGUUGUCUCGCGGUGGAAAAAUGGAAGAGAGUGUGGAAAAGAUGCAGAUCAGCGCCGAGGCGACGAACGCCGAGGAGGAGGGUGUGAAAGUGGAGGCUGAGGACGCGGACGGCGCCAAGGAGGAGAGCAAAAACAAGCGGAAGAAGAAGAAAAGGGCCAACAAGAAGGCCGCAGAUGAAGCCGAAGCCCUGGCGGCCGGCGAGAAGGAGAACGGACCCGCCGACGCCCCCGCGGCCGAGGGGGACAAGACGAAGAAGAAGAAGAACAAGAAGGGCGGCAAUGCACAGACAGAUCCGCCCAGCAUCCCAAUUGCCAAGCUCUUCCCGGACGGAAACUUCCCCGAGGGCGAGAUCGCGCACCACCCAGCGCCGGCGGACGACCGCACGGCCAAGGACAGAUUCACGAGCGAGGAGAAGCGCGCCCUGGACCGCCUGCACCUGGACAUCUACAAUGACCUGCGGCAGGCCGCCGAGGCGCACCGGCAGACGCGGCAGCACAUCCAGCGCUGGAUCAAGCCGGGCAUGACGAUGAUCGAGAUCUGCGAGGAGCUGGAGAGCACGGCGCGCCGCCUGAUCGGCGAGAACGGCCUCGAGGCGGGCCUGGCCUUCCCCACGGGCUGCUCGCUCAACCACUGCGCCGCGCACUACACGCCCAACGCCGGCGACCCCACGGUGCUGCAGUACGACGAUGUGUGCAAGAUCGACUUCGGCACGCACAUACGCGGCAGGAUCAUCGACUGCGCCUUCACGCUCACGUUCAACGACAAGUACGACAAGCUGAAGGAGGCCGUCCGGGAGGCCACCAACACGGGCAUCCGCGAGGCCGGCAUCGACGUGAGGCUGUGCGACAUCGGCGCCGCCAUCCAGGAGGUGAUGGAGUCGUACGAGGUGGAGCUGGACGGCAAGACGUACCAGGUGAAGAGCAUCCGCAACCUCAACGGCCACUCCAUCGGCCCGUAUCGCAUCCACUCCGGCAAGACGGUGCCGAUCGUGAAGGGCGGCGAGACGACGCGCAUGGAGGAGAACGAGUUCUAUGCCAUCGAGACGUUCGGCUCCACGGGCCGCGGCCAGGUGCACGACGACAUGGACUGCAGCCACUACAUGAAGAACUUCGACGCGCAGUACGUGCCGCUGCGCCUGCAGUCGUCCAAGGUGCUGCUGAACAUCAUCAACAAGAACUUCAGCACGCUGGCGUUCUGCAAGCGCUGGCUGGACCGCGCCGGCGCCACCAAGUACCAGAUGGCCCUCAAGGAUCUGUGCGACAAGAACGUGGUGGAGCCUUAUCCGCCGCUGUGCGACGUCAAGGGCUGCUACACGGCGCAGUACGAGCACACCAUCAUGCUGCGUCCGUCCUGCAAGGAGAUCGUCUCACGUGGCGACGACUACUGAUGCCCAGGCGUCCGCUGGCGCCACCUUUUCUACCCUCAAUCGCGUGGACGUGUAAAGAUUUAUUCCACACAACACACAACACAAGAGAGAAUAAAGUUUAACCUUCUUUGAUUCAACUACA